CUGGAGAUAAUCGAUCGUACUAAACACAGUAUUGUGUAACGUAUCUCUUUUCAGUAUCAUGCCUGGUUUACAAGUGUUUUAGUGGGCGUUCGGCGUGACCCUGUGGGAGCUGGUCUCCCUGGCACAACAGCCGUAUCAUGAAGUCGACCCGUUUGAGAUAGCCGGCUAUUUGUUGGAAGACCAACGUCUCUAUCAACCGUACAACUGUCCCGACGAACUUUACGGACUGAUGUUUUGCUGUUGGAAUUUGCACCCAGAAGCAAGGCCUACCUUCACCCAACUUCUCGGAGCGUUGGAAGACUUUUACAGUCGCUUGACCGAAUAUAUAUGA